AUGGAUCCCAAGAUUUUCCUGGCAGAAAAUGUACUCAAUGAGCGACGCACAGUGACGUAUCGCUCCUUGAGCCGCGCUCUUAAAGUCCAUGCCAACCGCGCCAAACAAGUCCUAUACGAAUUCCAUCGCAAUGAAAACGCAAAGAAACCUCAAAGUAUUCAUGCGACCUACGUCAUCUCUGGUGUCCAGAACCCAGAACCUACAACGACCAACGGCCAUGCGAACGACGAAGAUGAAGUUAUGCAGAGCAGUCCCUACAUGCCGAGCUCGAUGCCGAAUCAAGAAACGGUCUCCCACGCCUCACGCAUCACAUCCAUCUUACUAGCCCGCGAGGAGGACCUGGAUGAUGCGAAGGCUACUUUCCAAUCGAUAUCUACAAUGCACGUCUACAGUGUUCAAUCGACAAUCCUUCAGGAUCUGAACGUUCUGACCGAUGUCGCUCGGGAGGUUGCGACUGCGAGUGUACAAGACGACCCGCUUGAAUGUGGAAAGCAAUGGGGUAUGAUACAGAACCGUCAUGUCAAGCGAAGGACCGGGGCUCGUCCACCCCCCGCUGCACCAGCAUCCAAGGCCAGUGCGCCGGCGCCGAAGGUCAAACUUGAAUCAACCGUCCCUGCCAAGCGACCCCUACAAAGUGAAGCUUCCACCAAAGAAGAAGACAAGACUGAAGAUUCCAAGCCUCAGCUUUCCUCUGCCAGCAAUUCUCAAUCAUCUGCCAAGCCUACGGUUUUGGUACCUAAGCGUGAGAAGAGUAAUCUCUUUAGCUCCUUUGCGAAGGCCAAGCCGAAGAAAGCCGCAGCACCCGUUGAGCCAAUGGCUAGUGAGACACCAGAUGUUGUUCUUGACGAUGCUUCGGAAGACGAGCAAGAAGAACUAUUCCCCGAUACUGGCGAUAAAGCCGAAAAAUCGGCUGCCGCAAUCCGCGAGAGCAAAAAAGAGCGCGAGGAAAAGCUCAAACAGAUGAUGGAAACCGAUGAUGCCGACGAUGAAGAAAUGCCGGAUGCUGAUGAUGAACCAGAACCGGAACGAGAGCAGACCCCUGUAGAGCAGCCGCCGCCGCCCAAGCCCACGCAGCUUAAAGAAGAGGUCACCGUGCAAGGGGGGCGCCGGCGAGGCAAGCGGCAAGUCAUGAAGAAGCGCACGCUGAAAGAUGAAGAAGGCUAUCUAGUGACUCGGGAAGAAGCGACAUGGGAGUCAUUCUCCGAAGACGAGCCGGCGCCGAAGAAGAAACCUGCGGUCAAUGUGCCCAAAGCGAAGGGGGCUAAACCAGGACAAGGAAAUAUCAUGUCAUUCUUUGGAAAGAAGUGA